AUGUCCUCGAAACGAGGCCACGCGUCGCGCUCGCGCUCGAACUCGAGUGAAGCUCAACGAGUCGAUUCCAGGCUCGAAGGAAGGAAAUCAAGGGCGGUCGACAAGAUCAGACAGAAUUGGCACUGUAGCCCCGACGACAUCACAACGCAACCGCCCGACAACUGGAGUAGGGAUACGCUAGCCAAACUCGCGCAGCUGUCAAGCCUGUGUUCCCGAGAGAAUGCCCAGGGACUUCUAGAGCGAAUGAGGGAGAAACGCAUACAGGAUGCGCCCAAGUCUGCUCCGACUCUCUCGACCAUUGAUGUCACUAACGCAUUAGCGGACAUUGAUCGUGCUUCGGUGUCGACGCCUGAGGAGGACGCUGCACUAAGCGACCACUGUCAGCCACAGACUGCGUCGGGCGCCCCCGUGGCAGUGACUGGAGACCCCAGUCCCAUACAGGAAUCAGAGGCACGCCCGGUGGUACCAGAUGCCCAGACGAGUCUGACUGUCGAGGACGCUGGUGACAUCCCGCAGCUACCAGGGUUUUGUCGAAACGCAGCGUUCCUAAUGGAGCGGUGUUUGGAGCUUUCAGGAUCACAACACGAGGCGCAUGUACGUGAAUCGUUCGAUGAGAUCCUGAACCACAUCGGUAAUCCGCGAGAGGGAGGUUGUGGACCGGUCCAGGGGUUGGUUGAGUAUUUGCUGGGUGCUAAUCUCCACCCAGAUGGGUUGGAGGAGUUGACAUCAUAUCUGAACAGCAACCCUGACUUCACGACUGACCUGUUGACAGAAAGAUUGAAGUGGCGACGGCUGCGGGCUGUAAGGCACUCCUUCGUCCAGCAACUCUUGAGGCAGGAUCCGUUGGUCUACCUUCUCAUGGUGGCACUCCAACCGGACAUGAAGUGGGGGCUGAUCAACAAUCCAGUGCCAAUAUCCCUUCGACUCAGGCGCGCAACAGAUGAACCGCCACCACUUGGGCUGUUCUUCAAAUUGACGGAUUCCAGACCAAUGCUUGCAAUACAACUUUCCUGUCCACUACCGGACACAUCAGGUGAAUUAUUCUUGGACAUAUUUUAUGACGUUGUAUACUCCAGUCUGGAGAAGGAUAUUUGCUCGAAGCCUGAGGUCUUGGAAGACCUUCGGCGGAGCAAUGCGACCUGUGUGGUUCCACAGUUCUUUCUCGAUGGUCGUCCCAGAGACUUGGACGGAUUGCCCACUCAAUCGACCGCAGUCUCAAUUCCUCCUUGCUCUUCUAUAGGAGCCGCCGUUAACGGAAUCGAGGACUGGCAUUCUCCUCCAGUGCAAGAAGAAAUGGCGAUACUACUGGGUUCAGAUGUCAUGGCAGCAAAGGAGUAUUUGGAUGGGGUACGGGAGAGGAUCUUGUCAUCCUAUAAGGUCGCGUUUGAGGAUUUCGUGGAGAUGGACAUACGCGUGAACGGUGAAAGUUCGGUAUUCUGGGAAGGCGACAACAUGGAGGCCGGCCAUCAUUGA